CCGUACUCCGUACUCGUGCUCACAACACACCGUAGGCGUACUCCCUACAGCGUAUUCCGUAUUCCGUUGUCAGCGUCAUCAGCUGCAGUUUCACGUACGCAGCCCGGCCGUGCAAGUGUGUCCGUAUAUCCGUACAUCCGUAGGGCCAUCUCUUUCGCUCACCCCCUUUGGCGGCGAAGGCAGUGCGUGUCCGUAAUUGGCAGGUCUCAUUCUGCAGAACGUAGACCGUAACCCGUAACCAGUAACCCGGAGACGUGCCAAGUGCCGGAGAUAAAUUAACUGGACGCGAACGCGCCUCAUUUGAAUGCCAAUCGAUUGACGGCUAGUUUGCCGAUCCCGAUCCAUAGUGCGUGACCCGUGCAUCGCUCGCAGGAUAGCAGGAUAACUAAGGACACGUACCACACGUGCGUGUGUGAUUACGUUUGUGUGACGCGGCAAACAAAAGGAUGCGGCCUUCAAAACGAAUGCCACGCCCCCUCGAAUCCGUGCCCCAAGCCAAGUGCAAUAACAAGUGAUAGAGUGCUAGAAAGUAGUUGAAAACUUCCUGAGAUCCUCAGGCUUCCAAUAAGAGAGAAAGGUCAAGCCCCGAGCAUAGCUAUGUUGCCAUACCAGGCAGCCGUGGCCAUGGACUACGCCGGAUACCAGAGGCAGCCCACACCCGGACACCCCGGGAGCCACAUGGCCACCAUGGGAUCCCUGGGCAUGCCAGCGGUGCCCUUCACCCACAGCUGGAUGGUGCCCACGCAGGAUCUCUGCGCAAUGCCGCCCUACAACAAAAUGGGCGGACACCAGCAGCCGCCCGGAGCCGGAAUGCACGCCCAGCAACAGCCCCUCGAGCCCGGCAUUCUGGAGCUGCGCAAGGAGAAGUCGCGGGACGCGGCGAGAUCGCGGCGCGGAAAGGAGAACUACGAGUUCUACGAGCUGGCCAAGAUGCUCCCCCUGCCGGCAGCCAUCACCAGUCAGCUGGACAAGGCUUCCAUCAUAAGACUGACCAUCAGCUACCUGAAGCUGAGAGACUUCUCCGGACACGGCGAUCCGCCAUGGACUCGGGAGGCCUCCAGCAGCAGUAAGCUUAAAAGUGCCGCCAUUCGUCGCAGCCCCGCUGUUGAUUUGUUCGAGCAACAUCAGGGCACCCACAUAUUGCAGUCACUGGAUGGUUUCGCCUUGGCAGUGGCAGCAGACGGACGCUUCCUGUACAUUUCCGAGACGGUGUCCAUCUAUUUGGGGCUGUCGCAGGUGGAGAUGACGGGCAGCAGCAUCUUUGACUACAUCCACCAGGCGGAUCACUCGGAGAUCGCCGAGCAGCUGGGCCUGAGCCUCACAAGCGGCGGCGGCGGAGGCGGUGGGAGCUCGAGCAGCGGCGGGGGAGGCGGCGGAGCGGGAGGUGGCAUGGCCUCACCCACUUCCGGAGCCUCCGACGAUGGAAGCGGCACACACGGUACGAACAAUCCCGACGUUGCGGCCUCCAUGACCCAAGCUUCGACCAGCGGCUACAAGGGAUACGAUCGGAGCUUCUGUGUUCGGAUGAAGUCCACGCUGACUAAGCGCGGCUGUCACUUCAAAUCCUCAGGCUAUCGGGUGGUUCUGUUGCUGUGCAAGCUGCGUCCCCAGUACACAUUCUCCCACAGUCGCAAAUCGCAGCCUCCGCUCCUCGGAAUGGUUGCCCUGGCCAUCGCACUGCCUCCGCCAUCGGUGCACGAGAUCCGGCUGGAAUGCGACAUGUUCGUCACCCGGGUGAACUUUGACCUGCGAGUAGCCCACUGCGAACCAAGGGUAUCCGAUCUGCUCGACUACUCCCCGGAGGACCUGGUCAACAAGAGCUUGUACUCACUGUGUCACGCCGAGGAUGCCAAUCGCCUGCGCAAGAGCCACUCAGACUUGAUCGAGAAGGGUCAGGUGCUGACCGGUUACUACCGACUGAUGAACAAGAGUGGAGGCUUCACCUGGCUCCAGACCUGCGCCACCGUCGUCUGCAGCACAAAGAACGCGGAUGAGCAGAACAUCAUUUGCGUGAACUAUGUGAUCAGCAACCGGGAGAACGAGAACAUGAUCCUGGACUGCUGCCAACUGGAACCCAGUCCGGAUAGCAUAAAGCACGAGGAGGGACUGGGCAACGACAAGAGCAGCGGGUCGCCAGGAGGAGAUGCCAGUGGCGAGGGCAACUCGCACCUGAGUGCCGGAGACAUGAAGCUCAACUCACCGAAAACCGAUUCCGAGGGUCAUUCCCAUCGCGGCAGGGGACGCAAUGCAGCCGCCUCGCACGGAAGUUCCCUGAACAGCCUCACCAUGAUCAAGGACAGCCCCACUCCGCUGGGCGUGGAAAUCGAUUCGGGAGUGCUGCCCACCACGGUGGCCACGCCAGUGCCAGCAGCCACUCCGCCAGUGCAAUCCACCAAGCGAAAGCGCAAAACCAAGGCGUCGCAGCACGCGGAGGACCAAGGUCAGGAGCAGGUAAUCCCCGAGCAGCCUCUGCCCAAGCUACCGACCAUGGAGCAGCGCGAUCACCAGCCACGCAGCCGCUUGCCCUCGAUUGUGGAUGAGCAGCCCUCGUCGGCAGCGGAUUCCGCGGUCAAGGACCUGGAGCAGGCCAUGUCCAAGCAUCUGCCCUCGCCAGCGGCGGUGGUAUCGGUGGCCCCGCCCAAUACGGACUUCAGUGCCGACUCUCUGCUCAAGCAGCAGCAGCAGCAACAGCAGCUGGAUCCCAACGAGAAGAGCAGCACCAUUCAAUGGAUAGGCACGCCCUACCAACAGCCACCGGCGCCCAUGCCAGCUACCGCCCUUCUCCGGCAGUUAUACGCCAACCGGGAGAGCGUGAUCCGGGCGACGGCCAGGCAAACACCAACUGGAGUGGGACCCGGAGUUUUCUACGGCGACCAGCAAACAGGUCCGCUGCCCACGCCGCCGGGCAGUGAGUCGUCCUACGAGAACCAAUACCUGCAGCUGCACUCCGCCGCCUCCGGUGGACACCCCGUUGGCCAGAAGACGUCCGCUGAUGCCUUCACUAAUCUGGUGUCCACCUACGGGGGCUACCACAGCUCCAUUGACUAUCACAACGCCAUGACCCCGCCCAGUUCAGUGUCUCCCAGGGACUCGAAUCAGCCGGGUAAGGCGGCUCCUGUGCUGGCCUCCAACGGAGGCUACGACUAUGCCCCCGAUCCACUCCGAGGUCAAUAUGGCACUUCCUCCGGAGACGGCGUGCCCGCCGCGCUGCCUCUGAAGCCGCAGGCAUCCUAUACAGCCACAAUGCAUCCUUCGGGCACCACAACCACCGAGGGCGGAGUUACCUACAGUAAUCUCGACCAGCCGCAGUACUUCGCUCCGCAUUCGAGCUUCCACCUGUACCACAAGGGCAGCCCGGCCAGCGGCUGGUACUCCACGCCCUCCUAGGUGAUAGACGACCAGGCGCAGGUCCCACCAUCCUGCCAGGACCAGUACCCCCACCCCCACCACCACCACCACCACCAUCAUCAGGACGGAUCUGCGGGAUCCAGUGCAAACCAGGCGGGCGAACGAUGGGACUUUGUGGGUGCGCUGGGCAAGGUGGCCAGGAUGUUUUUCAGCGCCAGAAAGGGUAAUCCGGGAUAGAGGGACCAUGUCCUAGGGCACUGAGGGAUGUAUGGAAAACCUCUGGAAGAUUUUUAUGACAUCAUAAUUUGAGAACCUUAUCGGUUUUCUUAAAAGACAUCAAGGGGAAGCUAAUGUUCUCCUCCAGAUCCCUGUCAGCAAUCCGUAAAAGUUAGACUAGACUUAGGCCAAACUAAAGCGUUAAAGAAAACAUUCAAUGUUGUUAAAUAAUUCUUAAGUAUGUAAAUUAUGAGACACACUCUGAGACCCAAUGAAAUUAUAGGAAAAAUACUCAAGACGCAAUGAAUUAAAUCGAGAACUAACAAAUUGUAAGGCUAAUCGUAAUUAAAGUUAAUGAUAAAGUAAGACUUGCAUAGAGUGCCAAGGAAUAGGAAACCGAACAAAAAUGCGCUAAAUAGAGAGCGAAUCAAAACGGAAACACGGCUUAAACUAAACCCCCGCCCAACCAAUUGUUAUUAAUUAUUUAAAUCAAUUGUAAUUUUACCAACACAUAAACACGCAUACAUACAUAUAUAAGAUAAGCUCAGUAUGAUAUGUACACAUUAAUAUAUAUUUAAACAUUUUUACAACAUAUCAAAUGCUUCCUCCUUUAGCGUUAGGAUUACCUUUAAACAACACUCGCUCUAGGAUAUUGAUGUCGAUUCGAUCACCGGCAAGUCGACUCGAUUAUUACCUCUAAGAGUUCAGCUAACGUUUGUCUAUUUCCGUUUCUCCCUAUUGUAUAUUUAAUGAAACCAUCUAAUUAAAUCUAGUUAAAAAUACAACAAACAAAAAUGCCAAGGCAACAAAAGCAAAAAAGUGUAAUUAAAUUUUGUAUAAACGCAAAGAAAGUUUCUCCCAU